AUGUCAGCGGUAGCCAUGGAUUUCCUACAGAAAUACGCACCGGUCGUAGCAGAUCAGUUCGUCUCUAUGAACUCCACCCAAGCCCAAAACACUUUGUAUGGCGAUGUCAAUCUAGAAUCGUUGAACUGGUUGGAAAGGACUUGGGCGAGUUAUUAUAUCUGGAUGGGCAAUCCGGUAUUGGCCACCGGUGUAAUGAGUUUCUUACUUCAUGAGAUCGUCUAUUUCGGUAGAGCUAUUCCAUGGUUAAUCAUCGAUGCUAUCCCAUAUUUCCACCAAUGGAAGAUCCAACCUGACAAACACAUCACCAAAGAACAGAUCUGGAAAUGUACCAAAGUCGUCCUCAUAACCCAUUUCACCUGUGAACUCCCCUUGAUCUACCUUUUCCACCCUAUCUGCUGUUACUUUGGUAUGGCAACUUAUGAAGUACCCUUCUCAUCCCUCGGAUUGAUGGCCGCUCAGAUCGCCUUCUUCUUCGUAUUCGAAGAUACAUUCCAUUAUUGGGCUCAUAGAGGUUUACACUACGGUCCUUUCUACAAGAAUAUCCAUAAACUCCAUCACGAAUUUAGUGCUCCAAUUGGAUUGGCCGCAGAAUACGCUCAUCCAUUGGAAGUAUUGAUCCUAGCUCAAGGAACUAUCUCUGGACCUUUCAUUUACUGUCUUUUCAGAAAAGACUUACACAUUCUCACCGUCUACAUAUGGAUCACAUUGAGAUUAUGGCAAGCUGUAGAUGCUCAUUCAGGAUAUGAUUUCCCAUGGUCACUUCGACACAUCAUUCCUUUCUGGGCUGGUGCCGAUCAUCACGAUUACCACCAUAUGGCGUUCACGAAUUGUUUCUCUACUUCGUUUAGAUGGUGGGAUUUCUCGCUUGGUACGGAUGCCAAGUACCACGCCUACAAGAAAAGACUCGCCGCUGCCAAAGCCAACCAACGAGCCAAGAUCGAAAAAGAGGAGAACGAACGAGCCAUUCAGGAAGGUCUCGAAGCUGAGCGAAUGGUCUUGAUGGGUGGUCCUAACAAGAUCGAGAAGAUCAAGGUUGGUACUGGAAAGAAGCAAUAG